AUGUUGCUAGUUUUUAUAACGCUUUUCAUUCAAAAUAUUUUGGCGCUUAAACAAAGGUAUCAUACGUACAAAGAACCGGUUACACGUGUGACGCCUUACGUAUCAGAAGUGAUCGACAAAACAUGUCUUUUAAACCCAGACAAAGGGCCGUGUCGCGGUGAAAUCAUUAUGUACUACUUUGAUCCAAAAACCAAAGACUGCUCGAAAUUUUUUUGGGGUGGUUGUCAAGGCAACGGAAAUAGAUUCGAUUCUAGAUACGAUUGCAUUCAAAAUUGUUUGAGGGCUCCCGACGGUAGACGACAACGCCCGAGAUGGUGCAGCCUCACGUUUGACUAUGGAUUUUGUUUCGGAUCCCUCACGCGGUGGUAUUAUGAUCCCAUUUGGAAGGUUUGUAAAGAGCGAAUAUAUUCGGGCUGCGGUGGAAAUAGAAAUAACUUCUAUAAUAAGGAACAGUGUGAAUCGAUAUGCACUUAUCAAACGGGUGUUUUGAAAACCCAGACGAAGAAGAAAGAUCGAGUUAAGAAAAUCCUAAUCAUAAACCCUAUAGGAGCUACAUCAAAGCGAGGGAAGUCUCAGCAAAGUACUACUAAACUCUUGAAUAUAACGACUAAUAAAACUCAAUAA